UAUCAGUAUUCUGUCAGCACAAACGCUGAUAACAGGUAAACAUAGAGUCAGUCCUACUUACCACCCUACAUUUCAUAUCACUUCAACUGUGAAUUUUUGUGAGGGGCAUUUGCAUCUGUUGAAUUAUGUCUACUGUAGAGGAAAGCGAGGUAAGCUUUGUUAUAAACUACUAUACUCUUAAACUACACGUUUCAUUUUUCUCUAUUCAACUUUCUGUUUUAAAUUUGAUAUUGGACCCAUGACAACAUAGCCUUUUCUCUUUCUAUAGUUAUUUGGUCACCAUUUUCUAAUGUCUCUCUUAAGACUUUCCCCCCUUCCGAACCUUCAUCAUCGCAAAGCUUGCCUUUAGCUCUAAGCCAUUAGCCCCUUAGACUUCUUUAGGUGCUAAAUAAAUAAGUCAAUUUUUCCUGUUUCUGACUUCAAAUGAGGGGCACCCAUGUUUAGGCUCUGCGAAGUACGUCCCCCCACCUUUUUUUCUUUCUUUUCCAAUCUAUGAAGAAUUAUCGUUGAAUUGGUGAGAUUGCGUUUAUUUACAUAAAAAAACUUUGCUGGUUGAUGUUAAGAUGUCCAUUUGUAAGUGCUAGUUGGUUUUAUACAGCAGUUUCACAUUUGACCAGCUGUACUGGUGAUGAAUGGUGUGUUAUUUGCUUGUAUACAGCAGAAUCAGAUUAGACCAAUGUACAGGUGAACAAAUGUGCAUCGAUUGACACACCCACAUAAUCACGAUGGAGGGUGCCACAACUGACGCACAAUAUUGCCACGAUUGACACACAAAGGUGUCAUGAUUGACACACAAAAGUACCCCGACUGACACAGCUACAAUCACGACAUAAUGUAUUGGGUGCAUAGAUUAGACACCAGGAGCAGGUCCAGUAUCUGUCUGAUAAGGAACACGAGAUAGAAGCACCUGACAGAAAUACGUGACAGAGACACGAGACAGAAACACGAGACAGAAACACGAGACAGAAACAAGAGACAGAAAUCCGAGACAGAAACACGAGACAGAAAGAUGAUACAGUCGAAUUUAAGGAGUCAGCCCUUUUUAAGCAUGGUCAGGAACCAUGGGUAGUAAGUCACUGUUUUCGACUUUCAAGUCUUAAACCUAACUCAAAAACGGGUCAUUCGAAACACGUACAUAACUUGGGUAACAUGUACGCAACGUAUCUAUUUAGUGGUGUAGUUCUUGGCGCUGAAGAAAGUAUAAUAUAUAAUUCAAUCCGAUUCUCAAAAUGGUCCACAUAUAGUUGCAGCAGGACCAAUCUAAACCUAAACAUUUACAUUUUCAGGCGUUAAAAAAGUUUAUAACAAAAUGUCGCAAACACAGCAUACGCCAGACGUUACAGUUUUGGAAAAUGUAAUUUGGAAGAUUUACUCGUUGUCAUCUGUGACUUGAUUUAGAAUCUAGGUCGAAUGUCAUUUAUUCGGAAUAAAUAACACACACACACACACACACACAUACUAUUAGCACGUUGAUUCACCACGGUAUGUGUAACGUAAGUGUUCACAGAGAGCACCGUCUUGUUGAAAACAGUGUUCACAUCGCUCACGUGGAUUUUCAAACAUAUCACCGGACAAUGGUUGCUGCGGCCUCCUGCUAAAGUAGACUAAUCUCUCGCUCCAUUCAGGCACAGUUCCGGGUUACCGGAAAUUUGUUUGAAAACAAAUUUCGCCGACGGAAAAUUGAUCGAUGGAAAUUUGAACGAACAGAUAAGUGGUCGAAUUUUGUUUUCAGUUCACAUGAUCUAAUUUUGCGUCAAAUUUCUUUUUGAACGCACUUUACUAUAGAGUAAAAAAAAAUAAUAAUGCGCUCAAAAAGAAAUUUGUCUGGCGACUGAUGUGGUCGUCCAAGUGAAUGUGACUUUAGCCCGAGAACCACACAUUCCUAAAUAAAUAUGGAUAGUACACAGUGGCCAAAAAAUGCUUGACGUCCUGGCUUGCAUAUCUGGCUCUGACCUACGUUGGCCUACUCGUAGUCGGUACGACACUGCUCAAUGACAAACAUUGGACGGAUAUAUCGCUGACGUUCAGUUUCAAAGAUGAAGACGUCGUCGUAGGGGCGAAUGUAGAAUGUGCUGUACAACACAUGCGGGACUCUCCUUUGUCGUAAUUCUCAGUUUUAGAAACAAUUUCUUGCCGACCCAUCUUACCCUACCGCUGAGGCAGUACGCUUUCAGAAUGAAUCAAUUUCUUAAGAAUAGCAACUCCAUGUUACUUGGUGCCUUCUUGUCAAAUCUCUAUCGGAAUCAUUCUGCCACCAAAAAACUCCGACCCCCUUCAUGAACAGUUCCGUUUCAGCGAAAAUACGGCGGUUCUCAAAUUAUAUGCGAGGUUUUUCCUCCGUAGAGAGACACAUUACCUGCAAUAACUGCAAACCCCAACGUCCUUGACCUCCGAGGGAACACGUGACUUAAGUUAUGCACCGUUGGAGCGCACGUACGAGUUCAAAAUGCGGCAGUGUUUCAGUGCUGUUACUUUUAGCGGAUAUCCUAUUAUUAUCGAAUUUGCUGCGCAGCCGUGUGCAAAAUUUCAAUCUGGAUUAAACAAAUCCUCGGUUCAGAGCUGAUUUAUCGGGCUGGGUAUGUACAUUUUAUAUUUUAUUCGACCCUGGGAUGCAAACUGUUUGGGUUAAAAUGUCCGUCUGUUGGCUUAUUUUAAGUAAUACAAGCAAAUUAGGUUUUAGGUAGUUCUUCCAACUGACCCACAAAAUUUGACUGCCAAUGUACUAGAUAUCUCCCUUCAUCAUUCACCGCCCAGCUGCCAACUUUUCUUUCAUAUUUGGAGAGAGCUACUGACCAAGUCAAUAGAUACUGCACUACUCUCUUUAUCUUAUACCUGUAGGCUCGGCGGCUGUGCAAGGUGCUGCGGGAACGCAUCGUAGAGGCAACAGCGGUCAGGCUUAUCAAUGACUUUGGUGGAAUGGAGGGAGCCCUUAGUUUAAUGCUGAAGGGUAAGUUGGUUUUCUAAGAAAAGAUAAACAUCCCAAUGGUCAGUUGGUGGUCUAAGUGAAGGUACACAUGUCAAGGGUAAGUAGGUGAUCUAAGUGAAGGUACACAUGUCAAGGGUAAAUAGGUGGUCUAAGUAAAGGUAAACAUCUCGAGAAUAAGUGGUGAUCUAAGUAAAGGUAAACAUCUCAAGGGUAAGUUGAAGAUCUAAGUAGGGUAAACAUCUCAAGAAUAGUUGGUGAUCUACGUAAAGGUACACAUCUCAAGGGUAAGUAGAUGGUCUAAGGAAAGGGAUAAAUCUAUUCGUUAAGAUUGAUUUGUGGUGUAAUUUUCAGAUUCAACUUUUGGGUAAGAGACUCAUUAGUAUCGAGUUGGACAUUAUUUAGAGAUGGACAUUAUUUGGAGAUGGACAUUAUUUAGAGAUGGACAUUAUUGAGAGAUGGACAUUAUUGAGAGAUGGACAUUAUUGAGAGAUGGACAUUAUUGAACGAUGGACAUUAUUGAGAGAUGGACAUUAUUUAGAGAUGGACAUUAUUGAGAGAUGGACAUUAUUGAGAGAUGGACAUUAUUGAGAGAUGGACAUUAUUGAGAGAUGGACAUUAUUGAGAGAUGGACAUUAUUUAGAGAUGGACAUUAUUGAGAGAUGGACAUUAUUGAGAGAUGGACAUUAUUGAGAGAUGGACAUUAUUGAGAGAUGGACAUUAUUGAGAGAUGGACAUUAUUGAGAGAUGGACAUUAUUGAGAGAUGGACAUUAUUGAGAGAUGGACAUUAUUGAGAGAUGGACAUUAUUGAGAGAUGGACAUUAUUGAGAGAUGGACAUUAUUUAGAGAUGGACAUUAUUGAGCGUUGGACAUUAUUGAGAGAUGGACAUUAUUGAGAGAUGGACAUUAUUGAGAGAUGGACAUUAUUGAGGGAUCGACAUUUUUGAACAUUAAGCAAAAGUCUUUCCACAUUUCCGUACACUUCAAAACAAGGAGCAAAAACUCGUAUUAACACACAAACAAACUCACGUAAACUCUAACAGAUCAUCACACAAACUCACGUAAACUCUAACAGAUCAUCACACAAACGGCACAGACUCUAACAAUUAUACUUUACAACAGGGGUAUCAAACUCGCGGCCCGCAGGCAUUUGCGGCCCGCAAGACGAUAUUUUGCGGCCCGCUACAUGAAAGCAAAGUUAAGUUUUAAUGGGGCCCACGUGUUUUCCCCAUUCUCAUACCUAUAAUGUGACCCUCCGCGAUGGUUUCAGUCAAAUCUCACCGACUGGUCUCAUUCUGAUUUGUAUUAUGUGUAUAUAGAUUUGGACAUUGAUUAUAAUGGUAAAAACCGAUUUGAAAUCGGACUAAAACUUUUUUAUUUUAUAGCAUUUUAUGAGGUCAGUUAAUGGGUAAUUCAUAGCCAUAAUUGUGUAAAUGGUUGCAAUCUGACUUAGAACAGGAAUCAAAGAAUCCGUAUUAAAAUUUGCGCUAGUGUUUAAGAAUUUGGUAAAUUCCGAGCCUGUCAGUUUGAUCACAUUCAAAAUAGUGAUAAUCAAAAAGGCCUUUUCUACGAUAAAAAAAUAAAAAUUCAUUCUCCCUACAAUAACAUCUUUCUUCGCAUCAAUAAUUUAUACAUAUUACCUGCAACUGCUUACUGUUGGAACACGUUUUAGCCUUCAAAGCCUUCAUGGAGAAGGAUGGGGUGGUUGUUCCUGUUCUAAGUGAUUCCAAAUGGGUUUUCUUGCAUUUUCUUGUUAACAUUACACAGGAGAUGAAUGUGCUCAACAAGAAGUUACAAGAUCAAGGAUAGCUUGUCAGUGUUGCCUAUGACAAUGUCAGGAUGUUCUGCACAAAACUUGUGUUAUGGUUCUUUGAGAAACCUGUGCCAUUUCCCAACAUGCAGAGUACUCAUGGACUCAUAAGUAUACUGAUGCCAAUGCAAAGCUACAGGAAGAAUUUCAUCACAUGUUUGCAAACUUCAAAACACACAGAGCCUCUUUUUAACUUUUUGCUGGCCCCUUCUACUUCAAUGUGGAAGAUGCCCCCACCCCCCACACAAUUCUAAGUUCAAGGAAAGACAGACAAGCAUGGACAAUUUACGAGAGCAUUUCACCCUGAGAUUUCCAAAUUGUUCAAGCGGAUCAUAGGUCUUUUGGGGGAGAAAAGCUCUUUUCCACUAUGAACUUUAAAAUGUCAAAGUUCAGGGCCCAACUUACUGAUGAGUACAUUCAAGCUAUACUGAGGGUCUCAGUUGCUUCCUCACUCAAGCCAAAUGUUGCUCAGCCGUGUAAGAGGAAGCGCUGCCGGAUCUCUGGCAACAAUGAGGAGCAGGAAGAUAGUGAAGCCUUAAUGUUUUAAUUUCUUAUUAUAAAAGAUUCAGCAGAUUGUAACAUUUGUACUUAAACUUAAAUGAAUUUGUAAUUUCUUUUUUGUGGAAUACUUGAUGCGGCCCAGUCUCACUCAAACUCUACCUCCUUCGGCCCCAGUGUGAUUUGAGUUUGAGACCCCUGCUUUACAAAAUAUACUUACAAGCACGCCAACACGUAUGCAUUAGUAAAUAUAAGUUAUUAAAGUGAGUAAUUUAAUUUCUAUACCAAUUAUAAAGGAAACAUUCUCUUGUUCUGUUUCAGAUGAUGAAGAGACACACGCGUACCUCCAACAGGUAAAUUAGCAAGACUUGAGGUGAACAUGUCUUUGACUGUGUCUUACAUAGGUGGCUUGUGCGUCCGUUGCACAUUUCACAACAAACGACUUGUUAUAAAGCUGAUGGUAGCUCGUUACAUAACGCUUUUUAUAAAGCUGAUGAUAACUCGUUCUAUAAAUCUUGUUAUAAAGUUGAUGGUAGCUCGUUACAUAACGCUUGUUAUAAACCUGAUGAUAACUCGUUCUAUAAAUCUUGUAAUAAAGUUGAUGGUAGCUCGUUACAUAACGCUUGUUAUAAAGCUGAUGAUAACUCCUUCUAUACAUCUUGUUAUAAAGUUGAUGAUAGCUCGUUACAUAACGCUUGUUAUAAAGCUGAUGAUAACUCCUUCUAUAAAUCUUGUUAUAAAGUUGAUGGUAGCUCGUUACAUAACGCUUGUUAUAAAGCUGAUGAUAACUCCUUCUAUAAAUCUUGAUAUAAAGUUGAUGGUAGCUCGUUACAUAACGCUUGUUAUAAAGCUGAUGAUAACUCCUUCUAUAAAUCUUGUUAUAAAGUUGAUGGUAGCUCGUUAUAUAACGCUUGUUAUAAAGCUGAUGAUAACUCCUUCUAUAAAUCUUGUUAUAAAGCUGAUGGUAGCUCGUUCUAUAAUCGUGUUAUAAAGCUGAUGAUUAAUCGUUAUAUAAAGCUUGUUAUAAAGCUGAUGGUAGCUCGUUCUAUAAAGCUUGUUAUGAAGCUGAUGAUUAAUCGUUAUAUAAAGCUUGUUAUAAAUCUGAUGGUAGCUCUUUCUAUAAAGCUUGUUAUGAAGCUCAAAAUAGCUCGUUCUAUAAAGCUUGCUAUAAUGCUGUUGACACCACCUUCUCCAAAGUUUGUUAUAGAGCUGAUGAUAACUCGUUCUCUACAGCUUGAAAAUAUGUUUUUAAAAAGAUCUCCAGUCCAUAACUCCGUUUGAUUUUUCAUAUUGUAGUGAGUCCUGCUUGAAGCAAAUAGUGGUGUCACAGCCUCCUCUCUCGUGCGACUACUCCAUUAUCUUGGCUGAUAUCUAAGUUUCAAUAGGUUACCCCACCCCCACACACACAGUAUUGCAAGGCUUCUCUUAGUGCUUUCUCACUUGGUUGGCGUCCAGUGCAUGGUUGCUUUAGCUGUUGCUGCUGCGGCUGGAGUGGAACACGGCAAUUAAGCAUUGAUCAGAGACUGUCAUUUACAUAUUCUGUCUCUUCUCCCCUGUUCUCUACAACACCUCGGUACGCGACUCUGAGAUUUGAACCAUUCAAAAUUGAUUAACAUGAUAGGGUUUCAUUCAGGGGGCGAAGUAAGACAUUGUGGCGCCCUGGUGGAGUUCGAUUUUCCCCCCUCCCCCCACCACUCGAAAUAAUAUAAUGAUUUUGGCAAGUUAAACUUGUAAACAACGAGCCUCGAAAUAGAGCUGACCGUGCCAUAUGCACUCACUUGCCCGGGAACCUGCAAAUAGCACCACAUUUUCUUCAGGCCAUGGAUCUGUGUUAUAUUCUAUUUCACCGCUUAAAGAAAAGUCCCUUUGGUCGGAUGCUUCCUGCACCUAGCUAUUGUACAACAUAACUUAAGGACACCAAGCUAUUGUACCGCUUAAAGAAAAGUCCCUUUGGUCGGCUGUCUGGGGGUGAAAAAAAAGAGGGGGGGGGAGAGAGAGAGAGAGAGAAAGAAGGCGCAAGUAAUCCCGAGCCAAACCAAAGUUCGGGCAGGGAUCUGGGGAAGAGGGGGUUCAUUGAGCCCCCUCUGGCAAAACUUUUUAAUAAAUUCAAAAUACAUGGAUUCUAUUUUAGCGUAUUUUUGGUUAAAAUUUAGUUUUGCAUCAAUUUACACUUAAAGCUGUCUAUGGGGGAGACCGACGAGUUUCUGUUUAAUGCUGGAGCAGUGGACCAGCCCAUUAUUUAUCUUGUACAUCAUGGAGAGCCUGGAUAGUUAUCAUUUUUCCUCUAACUGUGACCAGGCCAUUGACUUCUUUGAUAAAUACACAAAUACACUUCAUUGACUAAAACGCUUCAUUCACAAAAAACAAUUCAUUGACAAAAACACUUCAUUGACAAAAAUACAAUUCAUUGACAAAUACACUUCAUCAAGUACAAUUCAUCGACAAAAUAUUUCAACAGUCAAUUUUUUCCCGUCACAAAUAGUCAAAACUGAAAAGGAUCCAUUGGUUCACGCUAAUCAUCUACCUUUUAUAAACACUCGCUAUUUCAACGUAAUCAACCAUUUUGUUUUGACUAAAUCCCUUUAGGAUCCUGACCAUGCAGUAUGCUCAGCUAUUGAUUCACUAAAUUUAGCACAAGAGCUAGACACCGGAAAUGAAACCACACUGAGGCUAUUCGCGUGCGCAAGUUGCAAAAGAUCAUGGUGGAAGAGGGUUCUCAAAAAGAAAGAGGUAAGCAGUGAUUGAAAUGACUGUCCCAGCGGGGUAAGGCAAUAAUUCAUUAUCUGAUCUUCCAGGGGCGGAAACAAAACAAAUAUACCACAAUUAGCCACUGGAAUAGGGACAUUUUUUUAAAAUAAAGAUUUUUGUUUCAUUUCUAAAGAUGUUCAGCUUGAUGAAGAACGCGUGCAACAAUGUCACAUUAGCUUCAUACUUAAACACACUUAUGUUUUAUAAUCUAUUUUAGAUAUCGUCUGCACCACAUUUAUUGUAACCACGCCCACCUUUCUCCGUUGAGUCCAUUUUCACCUUGUUUUAUCCUAGGUGUCCAAAUGCAAGCAGUGCAGUAAAAAGUACGACCCUAUCCCUAGAGAUAAAGAAUGGGGAAUCGGUAAAUUUCUUUGCGAAUGUGGAAAUGAAUUCACGUAAGUAGCAAAUAACACCUAACUCCAUUUUUUUCCCCGAGUUGCACUUUCUUCAUGCAUUUCGUUGCGUACAAGUUAAACCUUUGAUGACAGGUGCUGUAACCUCGUCUAUUUGCAGCUGUUAACGACCUUUCCUUGUAUUCCUGAUAAUUAACGUUUUCUAUAUUUGUCUCUUAUUAGGCCUGCAGUGUGUUCUAAAAUUCUAAGUGAUUUUGAAAACAAUUUAUUUAAAAAAAAAAAAAAAAUUAAUUUAAAUUCUCUUUUUUAAAUAACACUUAUGAUAACGAUGUUUCUAGCAUAGAAAUGAUUAUUGAAAUUCGAAAACUAUUUGUGAAAGAUCUGCUUAGAGAAACUUUACUAAAUGUCACUAAUAUAUUGAUCCUUUUAUUUUUCUGAUCUAUCAUUAUUUGACUAGGUAAUCACUUACUGAUUUCAAAAUAUCCAUGAACAGGCAAAUAGAGAUAUCAGCUCAUUUUUUUUAUUUCUUGCAAUGCUAGCUAGCAUUACUGAGAAUUGUUUAUCUCCAGUGUUCAUUUGGUAAGAUGAGUUUCACAAAGAGUGAAUGUAACAAGUGUCGUAUUGUUUAUCCCCAGGGGUUUUGGUGAGAUGAGUUUCACAAAGAGUGAAUGUUACAAGUGCCAUACUCUCGUGCCCAUACACCAUAUGCUGCCACCCAGAAGAAAUCGUCAGAGGAAAACCCAAGCUCCCCAUUCUUGUAACGGUGUUGACUGCAUGUAAAUACUGGCUGGAAUCUCAUUGAAUACACCAUAAUUAAACACCAUCAUUAAACACCAUCAUUAAAUACCAUCAUACAAUUCCGUCAUUCAACAUCAUCAUGUCCAAUGGUUAAUGUUCACGACAAAAUGUUACAAACAUUAUGUAUUUUUAAUUACAAUCACAUAUAUUAGCAGUUUCCUAAUGUAAUUUAAAUGCAGAGACAUAAUAUUGUAUAAAGCCGGGCUAUUUGUAGACUAUAACAACAAUACAUUUCCACAGUGGCCAUCACUCACAUCACAUUCCAGGUGUCACAUCUAAUAUAGUAAGUACAUUUGUUCUAGUGUAA